AUGCUCCGGACUAUAACACGACUGCCACUGCGCAGAUGCGUUCAUACGAAUGCCAGCUCCUCGAGCACCCGUAUAUUCAAAAAUUAUUCGAGCAGGUCUGGACUUGCACUGGGAGCUACCGUCACGUUUGCUGCAUACAUGGCUUGGUCGCUGAGCUCGGAUAGUCAACGGAUAUCACUUGAUGCUCAACCUGUGUCCGCCCCCAAAAAGCUUCCGUCCUCCACAAAUCCCUCACUUCCCGCUGCAGACUCCCCUCCGCCUCCAAUACAGACAGAAGAGACAUCCUCUGAAACGUCAGUACCCAUAAUAGAGGAGGACGCGGAUAAAACACUACCGGCCGCGCCAGUAGAAGCACCAAGCGAAGAGCAGCCGUCUGGGGGUGCUUAUAACCCGGUGACAGGCGAAAUCAAUUGGGACUGCCCGUGCCUCGGUGGAAUGGCCCAUGGUCCAUGUGGUCCAGAAUUCAGAGAGGCCUUUUCAUGUUUUGUUUACUCUGAACAGGAACCAAAAGGCAUUGAUUGUGUGGAAAAAUUCAAGGCCAUGCAAACCUGUUUCCGGGAACACCCCGACGUAUAUGGGGAGGAAAUUAUGGACGAUGAUGACGAAGAGGAAUCCCAGGGUCAAGCUACGCCCUCGGGUGCUAAGCUUACUGAGGCGGAGUACACAACUCUGGAUAACGUAGCUCAGGAACCCGCGCAGCCCCAACAUCCCCCGUCACCUGUUUCCACAUCAUCCGCCUAG